CUUGUUAUAAUAAAUGACAUGAUAAAAAGGACCCUACUUUAAUUGUAAGCUGCUGUAUAGAAUAUUGAUUCCUGUGUGAAACAGUUGAACGGAAGCGGCUGGCUUUAGAGCUUCGAUUGUACUUAACCGCUCAAUUGAACUAACGAGCGUGAGUAACCCUAGAUCCGGUCCCGUGACUUGAACAUUCCCUUUGCUCAGGCCUCUUAUUGCUGUAAUUCCUCAAAAUAAAUAAACUUAUAAUACAUGAACAUUUCUGUGACUGCAAAACAAGUAAAAUAAUUUUAUAUCUAGAAAAUAGAGAUAGUUACCCCAAUGUACUUCACACAAUAUUCUUUAUAUUUCUUAUUCUCUGAAAAAGAGUUUCUUGGAUAAAGAAUUACAUUGUAAACAAUUUUCCAAAACACUUCAGUGUCCGUAAUUUUUACUUGGUGACGUACUUUUAUUAUUUUUCCCAGUGGGCAAUUUAAGGAGACACUAGCACUACGAUAAGCCCACGACAAUACGAUAAUGGACGCUCUUUGCCUAAUGGCCGGCAUCCUGGAUAAUCCAAGCGCAGUCUAGUCAAUGCUAAGAGUUUACUUCUAGCUCAUGUACGCUUUUAGACGUGUUCUCUUGAUAAUACAAAUUUUAAAAUUCAUAGAACGCGUAUGUUCUCUGUGUCUGGAAUCACGUUGCUCGUAAUUGCCGGCAUCCUUGCGUGGGCUUGGCAGUGCCCACCCAAUCCAACAAGGGAGCACUGAACAAUCGACGCACGUCGUCGGCUACGAACGAUGCGCUUGCGCCAGUUACGAAAACGAUCUCGAUAAACGAGAGCUCUACAUUUUUAAGCCUUGGUGUCUCGGAUGCAGUGUUGAGGAUGUAUUAGUGAUAUUUACAAGGGAAUAUACUUCGUGUGCUGUGCGUGGUAACGGAUAUGCCUAAGUUCCGACGCCUGGCAUCUAGUGUGAAAAAAAAGAAGCCACUUUCGCCGGUUAAGUUGAGUCACACAAACAGUUCCAUUUGCUUGAUGCGAUAACGUUUUAGAUGCAUCUAAGCUCAGUGCAAGUGGUGUGCGCGGCUCUGGUGACGCUAGCCGUGGGCGCGGCGGCGGCGCCCCCUGCCGCGGCAGCGACGCCCCACCACGUGGCGCGGCGCUCCUUCUUCACGCUCCAGUGCAAGGGGGUGUACGACGCGGCCAUAUUCGCGCGCCUCGACCGCAUCUGCGACGACUGCUACAACCUCUUCAGGGAACCGCAGCUAUAUACUCUGUGCAGGCAAGACUGCUUCACCACAGAUUACUUCAAAGGGUGCGUCGAGGUGCUACAGGAGACGGACCAACUCGAACUAUUCAAGACUUAUAUAAAACAGAUACACGGGGCUGAUCCAGGGAUUUAGGGAAAAAUGCUUCCAAACGCCCUUCUUCAAGGGUUGUAUGGAGUCUUUGUACCUCUACGACGAGGAGGAACAGAUAGAUCAAAUGAUCGACUUCGUCGGGAAACGCUAACGCCAACAGCCAGCCCAACAUUUCGCGCCAAAUCUUGACAAGCCGCCAUCUCGGCACAACCCAACCGAGUGAAAACACACCACAGUAAAGCAAACAACGUACAAAACAAACGGUCAACGUAACUCCACCGCUUUACCAACAAAAAAAAAAUAAAAAAAGCAUAUGAAUGUCAAGUUCCUCCGAUUGACGUUUGCUUGCUAUCCUCAACGUAUUCUAGUCUAUCAAGCGACAUAUUCAACUAUGUUUGCAACUAAUUGUAAUGUUAUCAUAUUUUUUAGAUAAUGUGUAAACGUAAGGACAUUUAUAAGUGUAUUUUAAUAUUUUGUGUUAUUAAGUGUUAUAAGCUUGGUAGCUAUGGGAGUGUAAUAUACAUUGGAGAUUUCGUUUUAAUAUUUUAGAUCACCUCCUAGGUAUUAAUAAAUCUAUCCGGUUUCCGAGACAGAAUAUGUAGCCGUUUCACCGAUGCUGGUCAUCAGUUCAAUGUCUGUCUUAUAAAAACAUAUUCAUAACCUGACUGAGAUUGUCUGUAAUUUAACUGUAACGCAUUCCAAUUUUUUUAUACUUACCUAUGCUUUUUUAUUGAAAUUAUCUGACAUUGAUAUUAAUUUCUUAUUUGUAUUAAUGAGUAUUAUGAUUAUGACAUAUGGAUAUUUUUAAAAGUAAGCUUAAAAUAUUUCUAAUAAUCACCCAAGUGGCUUAAACAAUUUAUAAAUUUUCUGACUGUUUAGUUUUUUUCGAGCCUGCAUUAUUAGAAUAUUAUUAAUAGAUUUUAAUUGGAUUUAUUUAAUUCACUUUGCCUAGUUUUACGAAACACGACCAUAAAUCAUGUAAAAAUAAAUUAUCUAUAAAUGUUAGGAUUUUUUUAUUAUAGUUCAAAACUCUAAACAUCACAUUUUUCAAAAGUUAUUACAUACAUUAUUUAUAAAGAAGUUAAACACAGUUAAACUUUAAUGAAGUUGUAUGGUCGUGAUAUUCUUUUCUCGCUUUAUUCUGGUAACGGUGGUAUCAAGCGAUAGUUUCAAUUAAUGAAUACAUUUUAAUUAGUUUCUAAGUAUUUAUAGUGAUUUAUUUUUUAUAUACUUCCGACCUAUUUAUUAAUUUGUUACUAUUAAAGUUUUAUUUAUUUUAGCAGUUUCAAUUGAGAAUAAAUCAUGUGUACCAGUGUUUAAUGUCUAAAAUAGUUUGUAUCAUAACUUUUAUCUCUGGUUUUGUGUAUAAGUUGCGGUUUAUACUUAUAUCUUCGUUUAGUCCAGCCGACAUUUUCUUCUCUGUCUUUGAAUCUCACAUUUUAUUUUAAUAAUUUAGCGUUUCUUAUUGUAUUCUUUGGAAUAUUAAAUAUCUCCCCCUAUCCGAAUAACCUUAAAAAUAUCAAUAAUACCAUUAACAAGUCUGUUAUAUUAUGUAUGAAAGAAAAAUGGUGCCAAUUAUUCCCCAAGAUACUAGGUAUAAAUAAUUAUAAUAAUGUUUAACGAAAUGUUUAAGUAUAUAAUUAUAGAUCAAUGUGAAAAUAAUUGUUAAAAAAAAUAUUGAAUUAGAAAAAUAUUAAUCAAUUUGUAUAAAUUUUAUAAAAACAGCUAAGAAACGCUACGGGUUCCAUAAAAUAUAUUUCAUUUUGAAAAUCAA